AUGGUUUCCCCGUUAUCCACGCCCAACUUGCCAAUAACAAGUUGUGCGCCAUCUCCCUCGGUGAUGACGCAAUCUGGUCCCGCACCUUCGAUCUUCGUUGACAUUUUACCACGCGAACACCCAACUGUCCCCGAUUUCACUACAGACGCAGUUAAAGGUACCUCGGUGAGCGGAGGUCCGAUCGGCCCUGCUUUGGGACUCGAUGCUGCUGAGGACCUCGCUCCAAGUACGGAACCGAUCCGCUCCAAGUUGACGCCUGAUGUCCUUGACAGUUCUGCUGCAAGUGACGAGUUGAUUUGGGUCGGAGAAUCCGCUACAACCACUGAUCCGAUGAGCUCCGCGUUGACGCUUGAUUUCGUCGAAAAUUUUACUGCAAGUGGCAACCCUAGUGGGGAUAUUCCGUUGCCGACCACUCGAGUUGAGCAUCAAUAA